AUGGAUAGCCAUAACUUCAGUGCCAUCCUUCAAACACCAUUUGAGAUCGUUUCUCUUGAUCCUUGGACUCGACUGGGCAUUGUUGCUGGAUGUGCCCUUUUCUUUGUCAUAUUGAUCCUAAUUGUGGUCUGUUCAUUGUCUCCAUUCUGUCCAUUGUUUCACUGCUGCCCAUUUAAUCAGAAAUUCAUUAAAAAAGAGGAACGUGAAUACUUGCAAUCCAGUUAUGGCACCCUUGAUGUAAAGCCAAGUAACAAGAAGAAAGUUCUAAAGCCUUAUGCAAUGGACAUUCAACGAGAGGUGGAAAGUUCAGAUUGGUCAGAUGGCAAUGUUAGUGAGCAUAUGGAUCUCUCUGUCACUAAGGUUGACAAAAAGGAAACCAAGCUGCCUCCAAACUCAGAUGAUGAGUUAAACUUCCAAGAAAAAUCUUUAAAAGGUGGUGGUCAUCUCUGCUAUAAGAUACGUUAUGAGAAAGAGGAGUCCAAGCUGGUCAUCAAGGUGAUUAAAGCCACUGAUCUUCCCCUGGUUUUGCACAACCAGAUAUCAGCAGACAACUAUGUUAGGAUCCGCCUUUAUCGAACUAGACGACCGUUUCUGAAUCUGGGUCGAAAUAAGCCAAACAAGUCAUUUCCCCUGAAUACAUUAGACUUAGAACUCCAGACUAAGAUCCAAAGAAAAACGCGCAGUCCUGUCUUCAAUGAAUCAUUUGAUAUCUAUGUCGACCAGAAACAUUUAAAGGACUAUACGAUGAGGUUGCAGUUAUGUGAUUUUGAUCAGCUGUCAUGCCAUACAGUUCAAGGUGACAUUGUUGUCAGUCUUAGGGAGUUGAAAAAACUUGACAAUGAGGAUGAAUUAUUUGACCAACCAUUCUGUGAACCUAUACAGGAUCUUCUUGGAGACAUGAACAUCUGUUUGACUUUUCUUCCAACAUCAGAGAAAUUGUGUUUGAAAAUUGUGCGAGCUUUAAGUCUUCCUAUGAUGAACAAGGAGAAAAAAUCUACAGAUACUUAUGUUCGUAUUUCAUUGAUGUGUGAUGGAAGACAGAUGAAGAAGGCCAAAACAGCUGUCCGGGAGUCAACACUUAAUCCUAUAUUCAAUGAGUCAUUCAUUUUUGAUGUUCCAAGCAACCAACUGCAGAACAUUUAUUUCAUUCUGUCAGUCUAUCAUCAUCAUGUGGGGUCAGAAAAAACUGGUUAUUUGAUUGGACGCAUCUACCUUGGAGAAUAUUUUGAUAUGGGAGCCAAAGUUCAUUGGCAAGAGAUGAUAAAAAAUUCUCGGAAAGAGAUUGGGGCAUGGUAUAAAAUAAAAGGCUAA